UACCGCAAGCGGAGAGCCAUUCAGUCGAAGAGAGUCUUUUGUUGUGAACUGUUCAAGUUGUACGCGUAUCAUCCAAUCAAAAAAUAGCUACUAUUGUUGGGUGUGUGUGGCGACAGUAGAAAAAAAAUAAAAGGAGAUAGGAGGAAAAGUGUGACCUUGCGUGUGACGAUAAUACUUGCAAAGAAGUGCAGGCCCCUGUUAAGAGUGUACCGGCGAAGGUCGAAACUGAUUUUCGAUCGAUCGAUAAACGAAUAACAGUUGAAUCCGGUGUGAACUUGUCCAUCCGUCGUCUGCAGUCUGCACCCUUGGGACAUUGGUUUUUAAGCGGUGAAAAAUGGCCGACAGUGCAAACAAACGCAACAUCCCGAUCAAACUGGGCGACUUCAGUGUGAUCGAUACGGAGUUUUCCAGCAUCCGCGAGCGCUUCGACUCCGAGAUGCGAAAGAUGGAGGAAGAGAUGGCUAAAUUUAGAUCGGAACUAAUGAAUCGGGAAUCCAACUUCUUCGAGACCACCUCGAGUUUUUCCACCAAAAAGACAGCGACAUCCAGCAGCACAACCACAUCGAACGCAGCGUCGGCACUGAAACACCCACAGCCCACGACACAGGUUCAGGACAUCAACUCGCCACUGAUACAGGAAGAUGGUGAUAACAAAGUGUUGAAGCUUCGCUUCGAUGUUAGCCAGUAUGCCCCAGAGGAAAUCGUGGUCAAAACCGUGGACAACAAACUACUGGUCCACGCCAAGCACGAGGAAAAAUCCGACACCAAGUCCGUGUACAGGGAGUACAACCGUGAGUUCCUGCUGCCGAAGGGAUGCAACCCGGAGCUGAUCAAGUCAUCGCUCAGCAAGGACGGUGUCCUCACGGUGGACGCUCCGUUACCACCCCAGGCUCUGACCGCCGGUGAAACCAUGAUUCCAAUUGCCCACCACUAGAGGGGCGCGUCGAAAAUCACUCUCCCUACCCGAUCAUAAUUGACAUACAAACACACACACACACACGAUCAGUGUGCUUUCAGCCAUAAAGAUGUAUUGGCGCAUUCAGUGAAGAAAAUCAGAAAACCAGUAAACAAGAAAAUAAAAAACCAAUGCUUUUAUACUCAUAUUCGUUACUAUUUUGCUGGCUAGCCGGCGAUGAAACUGGUGUUCUACGCCAAGAUUUGAAGCUGUAUUAAGACAAGAUAUUACCGAUUAAUUAUAGAGGGAAUUAGCCGUAUCUCUUUCGAAACCAGAUAAUCAAUGUGAUAUGGUGAAUGCGCACAACACUACUUAACUAUCAACAACAACAGGCUAACAAUAGAAUUUCCCUAUACAAAACCAGUAUCAAAGUGGCCUUUAUUCAUCUUGUUUUGUCAUUCUUUCGUGUCAGCAAUAGAAGUGAACACAAUCAAACUAAGCGAAGAACUAUAUAAUUCAGGAAAAUUUUACACAGGCGAAUCGUUAUUGAUUAUCACAGCUAUAUCUCGGCAGCAGUAAUUUUCCACAUACUUAGGUUGAUUGAUGAUAUUGGAUGUUGUAGCCGGCUUACAGUUCUUAGAGAAAAGAAAAGAUGCAGUUUCUAUACCUUUUAAUACCAUCGAUAAGAUACAACGCAAAAGUCGGUCUACAACAACCGUUUGUGUAUUCGUGCUUUAUUUAUAUUUAUAUAACGUAACAUCUGAGAAGUAAAGAAAUAUACGACAGAUAAAUCAGA